CUUCUGGGCAUGCGCACUGUGUCACUCGGCGGACCACUUUCUCACGGAAGCGAGGCACCGUGAAGGAUGGCAGAGGACACAGAUGGUGGCAUCAGGUUUAACACUUUGUGUUUCAUCAACGAACACGUGGGCUUUCAGGGCAGCAUAAAAACCUCACCCAGUGACUUCAUUGUUAUCGAGAUCGAUGAACAGGGACAGUUAGUCAGUAAGACCACCGAUGGAUCUCUCUAUGAAAUAAGUAAUAUACAAUCUGAACCGAGUAAUUCUGUCAAGAAGCCAAAGUUAAAUAUUCAGAAUGUAUCCUUAGAACAUGAAAAUAGUGAAGGAGCUGCUGACUUGCCCGGGUGCUCGGAUGGUGACCGGAUCCAGCCCGGGUGCUCGGAUGGUGACCGGAGCCAUCAGUCUGACUCCGAGAAAGAAAACAGUGUCAACGGUGUGACUUCUAAAUGUGAAGAAGGAAGUGUUGAUUUAUUAAGUUCACUUUUAGAUGAGAAAACUCACACAUCGCUGGGUCAGUUUGCCUGUGACAUCAAAAGGAUGUGGAAUUUACAAACUGAAUUAACUGAGCCAUCUCCUGAAUUGUCCCUAGGCAAGAUCCUUGACAAAAACCGCAGAGCUGUUCUGCACAGUGCUAUUAGGCAGGCAUUUCCUUUUUUGAUCACGGUAGGAAACCACGGUGAAGUUGUUGUAAAACCGAACCUUGAGUGUAAAGAACUCUGCCGUCUGGUGUCGGAAGAGGAAGCUCUUGGCUUUUUCAAAUAUUUGGACGCAAAGAAAGAAAAUUCCAAGUUUACCUUUAAGCCGGAUCCGAACAAGGAUCACAGGAAGGCUGUGCACCAUUUUCUCAACAAGAAGUUCGGAAACCUGGUGGAAACCAAGUCUUUUCCCGGGCAGAACCACAGUGCUGGGAACCCAGACUCAGCCAUAACCGUAAGAUUCCGGGAAAAAGCACGCGGGAAGAGAUCUCACACGGAAGGCGGCGAGAGAGGAAAAACUGUGUACACAGCUUUUACCCUGCAAAAGGAAAAUCUGGAGACAUUCGAAGCAAUUGGCUUAUUAGCCGUCAAACUUGGUGUUAUUCCUUCGGAUUUCAGUUACGCGGGCCUUAAAGACAAGAGAGCAAUCACCUGUCAAUCGAUGGUUGUUAAAAAAGUGACUCCGGAGAGGUUGAAAAGUAUCGAAGAAGAAAUUAAGAAGAAGAGAAUGAAUGUGUUUAAUAUUCGGUCUGUAGGCGAUUGUCUCAGACUUGGUCAGCUCAAAGGAAAUCACUUUGAAAUUAUCAUCAGAAACCUGAGAAAUCAACUCAAUGAUUCUGCAAACCUGAGGGAGAGAAUUUUGGAGGCAAUAGAAAAUGUUAAGAAUAAAGGUUUUGUGAAUUACUACGGACCACAGAGAUUUGGGAAAGGACAGAAAAUCCAAACGGACCGAAUUGGGUUGGCGCUACUGAAGAGUGAAAUGAUGAAGGCCAUAAAAUUAUUUCUUACACCAGAAGACGUGGAUGAUCCUGUCAAUAAAGCAAAGCAAUACUUUCUCCGAACUGAGGAUGCCAAAGGCACGCUUUCACUGAUGCCCGAGUUCCGGGUUCGAGAGCGUGUGCUGCUGGAGUCAUUGCAUCGCUUUGGCGUGACGGAGGAAGGCUGCGUCCGGGCCUGGUUCUCCUUCCCCCAUUCCAUGCGCAUAUUCUACAUCCACGCAUACAGUAGCAGGGUUUGGAACGAGGCAGCAUCUUACAGACUGGCAGCCUAUGGACCCAAGGUGGUGGAGGGGGACCUGAUCUGCUCGGAUGAAGAUGCGGACGAGCAUUUCCCAAGCAGUAAAGUUCAUCUGGUGACCAAAGAAGAGGAGUCGGCCCACACAUAUGCACUGCACCAGGUGGUUCUGCCCGUGCUUGGAUACAAUGUUCAGUACCCGGAGAACCAAGUAGGGCGGUGGUACCAAGAAGCCCUCAGCAGGGAUGGACUGCAGGCCUGUAGGUUCAGGGUGCCCGCCCUGAAGCUGAACGUACCCGGAUGCUACAGGCACAUCGUGAAACACCCCCGCAACGUGUCACACCGACUAGUCCAUCCUGACCCCGCCACCGAAGAGGCCCGAGUGGAAGGUCCCCACUCCGAUGAUCCAGCCUCAUCGCUGUCCUUGUCCUUCGACCUUGACGCUUCGUGUUACGCUACGGUUUGUCUGAGGGAAAUGAUGAAGGGCGACAUUUAAACCCACACACCCUGAUGUCGCCGCGUGCGUGCGGGGCGCACGGAAGCAAGGGUAGCUGUGGUUCUUAGGGCUCCGCCGUGAGCUUCGCGGUUCUCGCUCCUCACUUUUCACAGUGUCCUGAGAGGUCGGGGUGUGAUGUAUUAACGUAAGCACCGGUGUCUUAAGUUUAAAGCUAUAUGACCGUGCUCUCUAAGGUCAUGCUUCAGGGAUUUUUCUCCGGUCGAGAAAGUUCCAGGUCUUUGGAGCACCACUCUUAGCACGGGCUGCUCCACGUCACUCUUGAGAGGUGGAGAGAGAACACUGCCCACGCUGCUUGGAGAGGUGAUGGCGAAACCUCGGUGCUUUUCUCCGGCACUGCCUCCUUUCCACCGCGAAGUGCAAGGGCAAUAUCUGUUCUCAUAAUGUAUUUAUGAGAUCUUCUUUGAAGAAGACUGAAGAUUUUCUUUAAAAAUUUUAUACUAGUUUUUUUUUUUACCUGUUUUCCUAACUGUUCGUUGUUUUCUACCACCUAAAACUCAGACUUUAUACUCCUGUCGGUACCCACGUUCUA